CUAUCCAAUUUUUAGUUUUACAGAUAAUACCUGAGAAGAGGAAGACAAUAGUUUAGUUUAGUUGGUACAGUUGUAGCAUUCUAGCAUUUCCUCCGCACAGAGCGCGCACAGAAGAUAUUCUGUCCUAGUACCUAGUACCUACCACCUACCACCCAUCUAGGUAUUAUUACCUCACAGACCUCGCAGCCUUUCCCCGGAUCUCAACUACCUACCUACUACACGACAUCCCAUCCUACAUCCGUUUCCCUCCAAAGCACAACAACAUCCACAGACACCACACCUACAAUCAUUUCAAUCACUGUUUGUUUGUAGAAGGAUACAUAGUUGGGCACUUGACAACAGUAUUUCUUAUUCCUCGUUCGACUUUUGAAUAUUCAAACUAUUCUUGCCGGAAUCCCAAUAAUACUUCAUACUUCCUACCGUCGAAUUCUAAGUUCCAAGAAAUCUACCGACCUACCUACCUACCUACUUACCUACAUACCUACAUACCUACAUACAGCCGGGAAAAGGCCUGCAGAUAUUCACUCCACUUACUGGUCAAAGCAAGAAUUCCCUACACCAACUUCAUUUACUGGUCUGCAGAAACGAGAAAGCAGUGAAGGGUCGGGUCGGCUAAAGAUUACAACGGCCGAAGGUUGCAACAACGGAAAAAGGCUUGGGCGCUUUUAUUGCGGCAUCGCUGCAUCGAGAACCGCAAGUCCCCAGUAAAGAGCCCGCCAGGUUUCGAUUUAUUGGGAAAGUCCCAUGCACAAACCUUCGUAGGAAGUCAUUCUCAUAUAUCUUAGCCUCUUCUUGGUGCCUUCUUCAAUGAUGGGGGACAAUUCAACAAUCAAACAAGAGCAAUCGCCCAACAUGUCUGAGACGACGUCACCCAACGGCGCUGAAUCAAAUGGUGGGAUGAAUGGUGAGGAGAAUGCCAUAGCAUCGACAGCAUCUGCAACGACGACUGCCCCCAAAUCUCCCAACGGCUUUCCAUCAAAAACUGACAAGCCUAAGCCUCAUGGUUGCAACACAUGUGGAAGACAUUUCGCACGUCUGGAACAUCUGAAAAGACACGAAAGAUCACACACAAAAGAAAAGCCAUUCGAAUGCCACGAGUGCAAGAGAUGCUUUGCGCGGAGUGACCUUUUGUUAAGACACCAGCAGAAGCUGCACACCAACAUAACACCACCUGCGAGACCAAGAAAUCGCCGAAGCAGCACUAUGAGUAAUGUAUCCGGAGUUGGCAAACCAAACCUCAACAGGGUACGAAAACACUCUAUUGUCAAUCCAGUGGGCCCGAGACCAAGGGCAAAUACAAUCACAAAUCCAGAAAGUGCUUACAUGCAAAUGGCUCUGGGUCAAGAUGAACCUUAUGCAGUGAGGAAUCAAAACCAUACUAUUCAUCCUUCAAAUCAUGGGCAUGGCCAUAGUCGUCACGCUAGUCUCGCGAACCUACCAAUGCACAACUCUGAUUAUAGUGGAAUGCACGGAAUGAGUCCAAUGAAUGGUAUGUCCUCUGUAAUGAACAACCGCAAUAUUUCUCAUGGGCUGCCGAGGAUUGAAACGCAUCACUCUAUGGUGCUUAAUGGAUUGCGGACUGCGCCGGUUGCUGGAGGGUUUCAGAACCAUGACUUUACCUUUUCACCUGGCUUUUCAUUUCCGAAUGGAAAUAGUCCUAGCCCGACGAUAGAUCCUAGUGCCUUGUUCAAUCACUCACCAGAGCCAAUGAUCACAUCAGACUCAAUGAUUGCACCGGAUUCGAUGGUUCUUGAUUCCAAUGACACAUCAAUUUUCACUUUCCCAGAUUACUCGGGAAACUCGGGUAUGGAUGACUCUUAUGGUUUCAACGGGUUGAUUAACCCUUUUACCCAGCAUAUGACAUUUGAUGAGAAUGCUAUAAUAGACGGUUCAUCUCCUUCUGCGAUCAGUACUGCCAGCCAAAGUGGGAUCAGUGACGGUAUCAUGCUGGAUGGAUCCAAUAAUAUAGCUGUAAGCUCACCAUCCAUGUGGCACCAGCCUGUGACAGGACCGCCUCUGAUGACACCAAACUUUUUGGAUCAUGGUAACCAAAAUUUUGGAAAUUUCUCCAACGGGAACCCUAUGUCACCACAUAGUGUACCUCAGAAUCAUGCCAAUUUCUCUACUGGAAACGGUAUUUCACCACAUAUUCUGGCCCAGAAUCAUGAUCAUUUUUCAAACGGAAACCCCAUUUCACCUCACAGCCUACCGCUGAAUAAUCUUCCAUACUUUGCUACUCCACCUCCAUUGAGUUCUUUGGACCAUUCUGUAAUGCCCGGAAUGAACAACACACAAGGUUUCCAACCCCCUAUGACUCUUGCCCCGGAGACCCCCAAUUCCACGACCGGCAGUAUCCACGGAAGCUUACCUUUGUCCACAGUUACAGACUCUACCCGUUCGGCCCUUGCGAAUGCCCUGGCCCAUAAUACUUCCUUUGGUGGACGAAAGUUUUCUGUUUCUUCUGCAAGCUCGCCAUCUCCUCACUCUCCCCGACCACAAAUCCGAGCCAAUAGUGUUAGCGAAGGCAUUAGGUUUCACCUCCCUAGCACAUCCGAUCUCAAAAAAUAUAUUGGCGCUUAUAUACAGUACUUUCAUCCACACUUACCAUUCUUGCACAUCCCUACACUGAACUUCGAUUUUUCGGCCCCUAUAAAUGAUGGCCGAGGCGCUGCCCCUUCUGUUGAAGGACCUGGAUGCCUUACACUUUCAAUGGCUGCCAUUGGUGCAUUAUAUGCAGGCGAUCAUCAACAAUCGAAGAUGCUAUUUGAAUCGGCGAAGAAAAUGCUACAGCUAUACAUAGAAGCCCGGCGCAAAGCUGAUGUUCGUAGAGCGGACCACCGUUCAAGAGCUCCAGAUAAUUCCACUCACACACCAGUAUUUCUUGCACAGGCUAUGCUGUUGAACAUUAUCUAUGGUUUCAAUUCCGGCGAUAAAGUAGCAGGCGAAAGUGCUCUCAUUCACUGUGCUACUUUGGUUAGUCUUGCCAACGCCGUCAUCAAACCAACAUCGUCUUCUCAAAGUGGGUUAUCACAACAGGAUGGACGGAUGAUAAAUGGCGAUGAUGCGAUGAAUGGCUUCAUCAAAACAGAAAAUCUAGAUGAUGAACAGGAGUGGCACCAGUGGAAAACCGCCGAGGAGAGAAAACGAACUCUAUACGCAAUCUUUAUACUCUCCAGCAUGCUUGUGUCGGCCAUCAAUCAUGUCCCUUUCUUAACUAACUCUGAGAUCGAGUCUGACCUACCUUGCAACGAAGAAUUCUGGUCGGCCGAAUCCGCCAAUAGCUUCAAUGCGCUGGGUGGUUCCAAAAUGGCCAAUCACAAUCAAACCACGUUCAAGGCUGCUCUGGGCGAGCUACUCCAGGCCGGCAAUAGACAGCAAUAUCAGCAAACGCAAACUCAACAUUUCGGAAAUGGGCACAAUGCUCAAGACUUACCCCAGAGUGAUUUGAAGCCAAGUACUUUCGGAUGUCUUAUUCUAAUUAACGCGCUGCAUAAUUACAUCUGGGAAACCCGACAGAGACAUGUCGACAGGAGGUGGGGGACUGAGGAAACUGAAAAGAUGUAUCGCCACAUUGAACCGGCUCUAAAAGCAUGGCAAUUAGCAUGGCAACGCACCCGAGAGCACAGUGUGCAACGCCCCAAUCCAUUUGGGCUGGGACCGCUAUCAGCCGACAGUGUUCCUCUCCUUGACUUGGCAUAUGUUCGCCUGUUCGUGAACAUGUCAGCUUCAAAAGAAAUGUUCUGGAAACGUAACUUCGAUGACAUGGCAACCGAGCUUGCCGGAGGAAAAGACACCAUGCAGCACGCGGGACACUCCCCUAACUCCAAUACAGAUUCUACGGAAUUUUCAAGCGGUUCAGCUGCAAGCUCUGUGUUCGUCGAUUCUCCUACAACAUCAAACUCUCCUCCUGACGUUCAAUCUUCUAGUGCUUUCCAAACCUCUCCAUCCAAUCAACCAGAGGGCCCCACCGAUCGCGAACGCUUACUUAGAAAGGCAGCUUAUUAUGCAACAGAUUUCCUGGUAAUGUCAAAUAAGUUCGGCAUUACUUUUGCAGACUUUACCUCCCGGGAGCUCCCACUACAGGCUGCCAUGUGCGCGUUUGAUUGUGCACAAGUAGUAGCCGAAUGGAUAAGUUUAGUGCAAGAACGCCUAGGACGCUACAUCGGAAUUCUAGGUCAUGCGGACGUUGAUUUCAGUAGCGUGCCUGCUAUCAUAUAUCUUGAAGAUGAAGACGUCAGACUUUUGGAAAGAAUUAAAGAGGUUGUCAACAUCACUGAAGCGAAGAUGCAACAUGAACUGGCAAACAAUAUUCAUAAUCAGAUAAAUGCCGGUCAGACAAACGCGGUUCAGAUGAAUACUGGCCAAAGAUCUCCCGCUCUAGAUAAUUGUGGAUUUGGAAGCAAGAUCUUAAGAUUGACCGCUUAUCAGCUCGACAGAGCUGCAGUUUGGCAAGUAACACGUCUCAUGGCACGUGCUUUAGAGACGCAAGCUGUUCAUAUGCAAACACGGGCAGAACGCUCUAAUAAACUAAAAGACAAUCUCUUGUGAUUUAAAAGUCAGGAAACGCCCUUGAUCACGCACGUACAACAAAAGCAAUUUCCUAUUAUUAGCCUUUCUAAUUUUUUUGUAAAUAAAAAAAAAUUGGGCAAGACUUGGGCAUGUCUUGUUGCUUUAAUCUAGCGGUACAUAUGGGGAUGGAAAGUUGCCUGUUUCACAUACAUACACACAAAAUUAUGCCUAUGGUACAUUCAUUCAGAGCUUUCCAGGGGGCGUUCAUGGGAAGGCACGAUACUCUAUUUAUGGAACAAAAGUUCCCCUUCGCACUUAAUAGUUUUUCUAACGCGUGCUUGACGAUACCACGCUUUGGUUAUUUUCUUCUUAUUUUCACACUGGGUUGGGUUCAUAUCUUGGGGAGUUUGCUUCUUUUGCUGGUUCAAAUGGGCAUAGGCGUUUACUGAUGGGCUG